AUGGGAGGAAAAAAGCACAGAAAUUUUCGAAGGCCAAAAUACGAAAUCAUGCGACAUUCAAGACAUGAAUUCAAUUUCUCCGUUGUUAUAUGGUUACCUCUUUUACCACUUUUGAUUAUUUGUAUCGGAGAUUACUUCAGAAAGAAGACAUCAUCGAAAAAAGAUGUGUGCUGGGAAAGCCUGAAUAAUAACGUAUCGGUUUCAAGAGAGGCAGUGGAUUGGGUCUCAGCUGAGAUUUCUCAUCUUCGUAGAUUAUUUGACCUCAUUGAAAGUACUUCAAUCAGAACAAACAAGAAGGAUCAGAUAACAAAUGUAGAUCGAAUAGGUAUUUCUCAUGAAACACUUAGACGUCGUGUUUUGAAUUACAUUUAUGAAGCACGAUACACUUUGAACAAUUUACGCAAAAUUUUUACCCAAUUAAAAAAAGUCAAUCAAAAGGAAUUGGACACUGAAACAGUUUCAUCGAUACAAGCAUCGUUAGUUCGUUAUCGACAGAAUAUGGAGGAAACUAUUUCACACUUGCAACUUAUUCUUAACAAACUAGGUGAAUUAGAUGAAUUUUCACAAAUCAGAAAGAAUGGCUUAAAUAAGCUUUCACAGCGAUUACAGGAGAAGAUUCAAAAACAACAGAAUCCAUCAGAUUGUAAAAAGGCCAAAUAUAUAACAUUCGACUUCACUAAUCUGUGUGGAUUGGGUUGUUGUAUGCAUCAACUUAUGUACUGUUUACAAUUGGCUCUUGAAAAUGAACGUGUUCUAGUAUUGAAGAAACAUUAUCCUGGAGAUAUAUUUCGAGAAUGGCUUCAUCAGAACAUGUUACCACUUUCUGAAAAAUGCAGUUACUUGGACUCAGAUGGUAGAUCAGAUAACAUCAAUUGUCCUUGGAUUGUAAAGGCUCCUCAAGUACAUAACUGGUUGCCACAUGUUCUCCCGAUAAAUAUGAAUAAAGAAUUAUUACGUUUACACGAGGCACCCUUUGUUUGGUUUGCUGGUCAACUAGCAGCCUACAUUUUGCGUCCAAAACCACAAUUUGCACAAUUAAUCAAUGUAACCUUGAAGAGCUUUAAAACGAGUGGUGAUCCCGUUGUUGGUGUGCAUAUCAGGCGUACCGAUAAGUUAAUUUGGGAGGCUCUGUUUCAUAACUUAUCCGAGUACAUGGAACACGUGGAUAAUUUCUUUGAUUCACAAAGUGUUCAUCUCUUGACAAUGUCAAAGAGACAUGACAUGAAUGUAGAGAGAUUUGGAUCAGUUUCUGAAAGAAUCAUUGGAAGAAACAAUUCUGUUCAAGCUAAGCGAAGUGUUUACUUGUCGACAGAUGAUCCGAAUAUUUUUACUCAACUACCCUACAGUUAUCCAAACUACACCGUCUAUGGUAGUCAAGGUAGAUCGCAGUCAGCUAAUUUGAAUAUGCGGAUGUCAGUUAAUUCAAUGAAUAAUGCAAUUAUUGACAUCAUUGCACUUUCAAUGACGGAUUUCCUUGUGUGUACAUUUUCAUCGAAUAUACUGAGAAAUCAUGUGAUGGUUCGAGUCGGUGGUGGCUGGGAUACACUGAGUCAUUUCUUAUCAAAAUACGAUGAAUGUCGUAAAGUUAAUCCAUUAGGAUCGUGUAAAUUAAAUUCAAUGAAUCAGAAUUCCAAAUUGAAUGAAGAUAAAACUCAAAACAUGGUAGAAUGUAAAUUGAAUGUAGUAAAAACACGUACAUCAUCUGUAACUAAGGAGAAACAAUCACAUAGAGAUAAUGAUCACCAUGAUGAUGAUUAUAAUGAUAGUUCUAAUGGGAAAGUACAGUUGAACCAUAAAACUGAUUCAGAAUUUAUGAAAUCAAUGAAAAAUGUGAAUGAAAAUCAAAUUCUUGCAAAAAAAACUUUAGAAGAACCAAAAUGUCUUACUAAAUCGCAAUUUUUCUCUGAACUCAAUUUAACUUCAUUGAAUAAUCAUAAUGAUGAUGUUGAUGAUGGCGACUUGAAUUGUUCUACACAUUUUCCACGAUUUAUUAUCGCUGAUCAAUAUAUGAAAGAUCCGACCAAUUCAUCAACAGAUGUUGAAGAAACUAGUUUCAAUGAUAAUCUUACAAAAGAUUGGUCAAAUGAAAGUUUUGAUAAGAUACAGUCAUUACGUAAUGGCAAUACUACUACUAAUACUACUGCUACCACCACCACUACUACUACUACUAGCAACAGUAAUAGUAAUAAUAAGGAUAGUAAUAAGGAUUCUAAAACAGAUCAGAAUAGUUUGAUUAGAAAACCAUUCAAUACUACUGAUAAACUACUCAAACAAAAAUCAACUAUUACUAUCAUAAGAAAUGAAUUAGAUAAAUCUAAUAUGAAACCAUAUAUUGUAAAUAGACCAUGUUUCCCGAAUACUACUACUCCUACUACUACUACUACUACUACUACUACUCCUACAACUAGUAGUAGUACUACUUAUUAUAUUAAUAGUAGACAUUGUAAUUCUAUACAACAUCAGAACCCAAUAGAGAAUAGAUUACAUAAUAAUCAAAAUUUAUCCAAAUCAUUAAAUUCAUUAAAUAUAAAUUGUAAACAAUCAAUUGAUAGAAAGAAUUCAAGACCAGUUGAAAGGAUUUCAGUUUUGCCAAUCAUCAAUGAUACUACUACUAAUAAGAAUAGUAGUAAAAGUAAUAAUAAUAAAUUUACUAGGAAUAGUUAUACUACUCAUAAUCAUCGAAUACAAUCAAUAAAAAAUCAUCAUGUAACAGAAAGGAAAUCUACAAUGCAACAAUUGAAAUCAUCACCGUUACAUCAUGAUAAUCAUCAUCAUCAUCAUCAGAGUAGAAAUCAACAAAAUCAAAGUAGAAGUAAAUCAGCUAAUAUGUUUAAUCGUAAACUAUCAUCUACAUCUACGUCUACAUCAGCGUCAGCAGCUGUAGCAACAGCAGCAUCGACGUCAUCGACAUCGUCAUCAUGUAAACAAGUCAAUCAUCAAUUAAUCAAUAAACCAGUACAAAUUGUAUAUACAUCAGGAGAGAAUAAAAGACAUCCAGAUGAUUAUGUAAUAGAUGAUCAUUUAUAUCAAUCGAAUCAUUCUAAACAAAUUAAUCCAUUAAUUUCUAUAAAUAGUAAAUUGAGACAUGGCUCAUUAAUACCUAUAUCAACAAGAUCUUAUUCAAGUUCUCGCAUUCCAUUGAAACAAUAUUAAUUGAUCAUUAUUAUUAUUAUUAUGAUUGAAAGUGCCUCAUUUUGUUUGUUUUUGUUUAAGAUCAUGAAUGAAUUGAUGUUAGAUCAUUAUUGAAAACCUGGAACCAUUGGAUAGCCAUCCUGGACUGAUCAGAUGACGAAGAACUGGUCAUUCAGUGCUUUCAGGCUUUCAAUAGUGAUCAAUUGAUCAAUUGAUUGAUCAUCUUAAUCAAUCCCUAUAAUUUUUGUUGUUGCUAUGCCUAUGUAACCUCUUUUCAGUUUGGAGAUUAUUUUCUUCUCUUCUUUUUUGAUAAAGGAGAACUAAAACACUUUUUUUCAAAUUACAUCAUUCAUUUAUUAUUAAGCAUUCUGUGGUCAGAUUUAAAGUCUUUCAUUGAAAAGAAAAGCAAGAAUAAUUUGAAAUUCAUCAUCUUUUUAUCAUCAUGUCCAUUCUCUUUUUUUUAUUAUCAUGAUGAUACUACUAUUAAACAGUUUAAGUAGUAUCAUUAAAUAAUGCAGUUUUUUCGAAAAAAACUCGUUUGUAGUGCUUUACUAGAAUGAUAAGAGUGAGUUAUUUUGGUUGCACACAUCUUCUAUACAAUCUAUAUAUAGUUACACAUACACACAAUGCAAUAUGAAUCACUUGUAAUCUAAUUAAUGAGUCAAGACAUAUGAAUUCAAUGAUAGAUUGUUUAGUAGUUGGAUUGGUGACUUGAUUGAAACUAGACCAUCUGGAAGUACUAGAUAGUCAUUUCAUUCUAGUAUGGUAUUCCUCAACAGGAUGAAAUAACCAUCUGUUACUUUCCUGUUUUUCAUGAUUGUCUAACUUCAAUUGACUUGUCAAUUCACUUAGUAGAAUUACUAAUAAUAUCCACACAAAAAAAAAUCCGUCUCUGAUCGAUUUUUUACUUCCCAUGUUUGUUUCUAUGACAACGAAUGGUCAAUUAUUUAAUUUGAAGUAUCACCAUACUUUCUUUGUUGUAGUUGUAAUCGUUUAUCUCACUCAUUUUCUCCCUUUUCUCUUUUUUUUACAAGAUUGUUAUCGAUUAUUUCAAUGAUUCUCCUUUAUAUUUUUUUGUUUUUUUCUUGUUCUAAUUGUUUAUCAUCUUGAAUUUCUAUUGGUUAGUGUUUUUAUUUCUUUUAUAAGAUCUCAUUCUAUUCUGUGCUGUACUGUACUGUACUGUACUGUACUGUACUGUUUAUGUUUUGUUUUAUUUCAUUUUUCAUUUUAUAAGUAAAACAUUAGUAUAGAUGAUAUUGUUGAUGAUUCAUUUGUGAAUAGAGUUGAAGGAUGAUGAUAACGUUCU